AUGCUACCGCCCAAACCAAAAUUACUAAGUAAAUUAAAUAGCAAAAAAAUAACUGAUAUCCCCGCCGGUCAAACCUUAAAAACUUUACUGGAAAAUAGUGGUGGUGGCAAUAAUCCUCAAUUACAAAGCCAAUUAGACCAAGCGAAACAAGACCGCGAUAAGGCUACCCAAGAGCGGGAUAAUUAUAAAAACCAGUUAGAAAACAAGGAAAAAGAAAUCAGCCAAAAAUUAAACAUUGAAUUAGAUCUUAAUUUAGCCUCAGAACCCACCUUAGAGCAAGUAAUUACUAAAAUUCAAGAGUUAUUACGUAAACCGGAUAAUUCGGCUACUCUUGCCAAUUUAGAACAACAACUAAGCAUUGCCCGGCAGACUAUCGCCGAUUUAGAAAAAAAACUCAGUGCCAGCGAGCAAUUAACCGCGAUUAAACAAAUUAGUCAGACCGUAAUGGAAAAAUUAUUCUCCCCUGAGAUUAGCCAGUCCUACCAAGAGCAAAUCAAAAAUGUUACUAGUUAUCAAGAAAUAAAAACUGUUGAAGAAAAAUUAAUAACUCAAUAUCUCGGCAAUAAAGAAGUUUGCCAGCAAGAAAAAAAUCAAUUAAUUAAGCAGCAAACGCGGGAACGAGUAGUUUUUGGCAGUUUAUUAGUAGUCAGUUUAUUGACUAUUAGCUUUUUAAUUAUGAAGUUGAAAACGAGCAAGAAAAAAGUCGGUUAA